GUAACAACACAGUGUCCGGUGAUGUCACGUCAAGUGCGUUCACGCGGUGCUGGGUUGCUCCAAAUUUUUCGAGUAGGGAAUAGACACGAAUUUCGUCGAUUGUAUACGAAACUAGAAGCGACCGAUGAGUGGUGAAGAUACGUACAAUUGUAAGCAGUCACGGUCCUGUAAGGAGCUAAAUGGACCAAUCAAAGACUAGUCACGUGAUCAAAUACAGCGCCAUCACAGCUACGUGUUGCUUUACUUCAUAUGUAUAGUAUGUAUAUACAACUAUCAAGCUUAAAUGAAAUGAUGUACGUACGCGUAGUCAAUACAGACAAACGCUUAAAAUACAAAACAAGCCAAGGUAACGGACUUAACAAUAAGUGAUAGAGAGAGAGCGAGAGUGACACUAAAAGAUCUGUCCUGUACACUGAAAUAAAAGUGUACAUAAAAGGUGACGUAAAUCUAAUAAUCGGUGAAAUAAACUAUUUAAUAUUUUUGCAAUAUUUAUAAAAAGUGACACUUAAAACGGUAAUCAAACACACAUACUGGAUAUGCCGCUACUAUUCAAACAAAGUACGAUUUUCUAAGCAAGCAUCUUUGCCAAUAAGGAUUGUACACUGUACGGUAUUGUUAAGUGUAAAAUAUGUGUAAACCUUUAUUGAUGAGAAUACACUGAUCAAAUUAUUUAAAAUUUAAACAAUGAAGCAAGCAAAAUAUAGGGUAGAAGCUUUCAUUAUACCUACAUGCGUAAGUAACAAUACAAAUUCUGUUUUAAAUGAUAGACGCGAUGAAAGAUUACAAUUAAACAGUGUUAAUAACGUGACCGUUGGUAUUAAAGAAAGUGAAGCAAUUUGUUUCGCAAAUGACACAAAUAAUUCACUCACCAUAGAAGAGGAGAGUAUUCAAAAUGCAAAGAACUCUAUAACUCUUGAAAGACUUACAGAAGAAAAUAAAAAUAUAUAUAGCAAUUUUUAUUUUUCAUCUCCGAAUAACAAAACAAAAUAUGAAACAUCGUAUAAUACAAAUGUCUUGUCGAAAAUAUUUGAUAAAGUGGAGAGAUUAACGCCAAUCGACGAACGAACCGAGGACGCGGAAGAAAAUAUUACCGAACUGUGUUAUCACGGAUGCAAGAAUGGUUGUUCUGCUAUUGUUUCAACUCCUCAGGAAAUCAGCGAAAAGAUAUUUGAAGAAAAUUGGCUACAAAAGCUGGAGAAUAUAAAACAGAAAGAAGCAGAAUUGAGAAAUAGAGAAAUAAUUUUACUGAGUCGUGAAAAAGCAUUGACUAAAAAAGAAGAAGAGAUCAGAAUAUUAGAAUGUCAAUUAAAUGAUAAAUUAAAACAAUUAGACUUGGAUCAUAAGAAAAAUCGGCAUAUACGUGAUCUAUUGAAGAUAUCUGCUAUCAAUCAAAAUAGUCAAGAAUUACAUGUUGAUUUUGAUUCCAAAGUUUUGCCGCAAAAAAUCCAUAAAAGUGAUACUAAGAUGAACAUUGCACAUGUUGAUAACUUGAACUCAUACAUACAAAAUAGUCAAACACAGGAUAUUGUCCACAACCUGCAGGAACAUUCUAAUAAAGAUUUAAGUAAUAACAAGGAAAGCGUAUGUAAGGAUUUACAAGAGAAAAGAAGCAGUGGGAGUUCAUCUUCUUCUUCUUCCGACCAUAGUGUAUCAGAAGCAAGAUCUAAGCAGAGGUCUACCAUCAAAAGCUCCACAACUUCCAAAUCUUAUGGUUCUAGAACUAUCUCUAGUAAUUUCCAUAAAAGUAAGAGACCUUCAAAAAUAUCUUACGAAGAUUUAGAUACCACAUUGUCUGCAGAUAUAGGAGAUUCAUCUUUCAUCCAAACUUCACAGAAAUUUAAUCCUGAAUUAUAUAGAAAACCAUUUGCAUUUACAAGGUCAGUCAGCGAACGUCGUGGAAGAUAUACAAGUAAAGAGAGUAGCAUCAAUGUUCAAGUUAAGAACUUGGGUAAUAUUUGGGAAGAGUUUGAGAUACCUGUUGGAAUGGAACAGGCUAAAGUAUUACAAAGAGUAACAAAAAAUAUAUCUGUUUCACAAGAUAAAAGUACAAAAUUCCAAAACUAUGGUCUUAUAGAUUAUAAUAUUAGUGCAUCGACUACAGAACAUAAAAUUGAAAAUGAAAGAAAAUAUUCAUAUUUGAAUUUAGAAACAGGAAAUAAAUUAUGCUCGCAUCAAAAACUAAUAAAAAAUUCAAAGGGAAGACCCAUAUCUUGGAAUGAAGAUACUAAUGAGUGCUCACAGAAGAAACAAAAGGUUUAUACAACAACAAAAAGAGUAUUAACAAAAGAUAUCGAAGACAAAGAAAACUGUAAAUGUAAUACCAAAAGCGAUAAGACUGAUAAGGUUUUGAGAAAGAAUGACAUUAAAAAUAGAAUUCUUACUAUAUUUCGUUGAUGUAUUACUAAUAUGGAAAAACAUAGCAACUGUAUGCAAUUGUAGAAAAAUGUGUAUAUUAAAAUAUUUUCUUACAUUCUUAUAGAAAUAAAAUUAUAUUUCAUUUAUUGUCUAAAA